AAUCCAAACUGAAUUAAUUGUCUAGGGCUGGAGCUCAAAGUACUGUAGUUUAUAAUUUGUUAUCUUUCCUUAAGAUUCCGGCGAUGGUGCUAUAAACUUUCCCAAAUUCAAACCCUAGGGAUCUGGAGAAUCAAAUCGGCAACUUACAAUUCGAACAACAACAAUAAACUAUGGCCAAUAAGUUACAGAUUCAAGGGAAUGAAUCCGUUCUUUUACGUGUCACUCACUCCAACAUCAAGAGCUUUUCUGCUGAUGUUCGGUUCUCUCUACAAAUGACAGUAGAAGCUGUGAAAGAGAAACUCUGGAGAAAGUGUGGCACUUCUGUUGACUCUAUGUGCCUUGAGCUUUACGAUGAUAGUGGUGCUAAAGUUUCAGAUCUAUCUGAUAACACGAGGCCCCUUGGUUUCUAUUCUCCGCAAGAUGGUUUUCGGCUGCAUAUCAUUGAUCUUGAUCCAUCAUCAGUAACAUCUGGUGGUUGGCUGGAAGAUACAUCCCUUGUGGAGAAAUAUAAAAUCUCAGAUGAAGCAUAUGACAAACUUGAUGGUACUUUCAGAAAGUUUAAGGAAAAAAUUGGACAUCAACAUCCAAAUCCAGAGUCUAAAUUUCUUUCUUACAAACAGAUUCCAGACAACUACAUGGAGGAUCUUUGUGCAAACAUAAAGGUGGGAGAUAGAUGUCAAGUUGAACCAGGGGAGAAAAGAGGGGUUGUCAAAUUUGUAGGUCGGGCAGAAACUCUUGCACCUGGUUUUUGGGUUGGCAUUCAGUAUGAUGAACCUCUGGGAAAGCACGAUGGCAUGGUAAAAGGGAAGCGAUAUUUUGAUUGUCCCCCUCUUUGUGGUGGAAUGGUCAGACCAGAUAAAGUAAAGGUUGGCGACUUUCCAGAACGAGAUCCUUUUGAGGAAGACGAAAUAUGAGUUGCGCUUAGGUCACAUCCAGCAUCUAUGAGAGUAAAAUUGUAGAACAUUCAUAUUCGUAUUUUUGGGAAAUAUACUAACAUGGAAUGUAACAUAUUUAGAGCUUCCUGGAGCUAAGCCUGAUUAACUCCUUUCUGUGGGAAAAUUCUAGAGUACUACUUAUGACUAUACCAAUAUGGUUGCAGCCUAUCUGAUAGUCAAUCUAUUAAGAACUCACUCACUUUGAACGAUGAGCAACAGAUGAAAUGUGCCACUCAUAUUUGGUUGAUGAUUAUUUUGAUUGUACAUGUUAUGUUUUA